UCAGAAUUUGGGUUCAAUGGCUAGGCAUAAUGGUUGUUCCCCUCAAAUGUGUAGCCGUUGGUUCCCGCCUUAACUAUUGUUUCUUGGUUUCCUGCACUUCUCACUUUCGCUCCAUUGGUUCACCACCCAAGACCAACUCCGACCACAAAUUCAAGUCCGCUACUCAUCAGAACCUCCAUUCUCAUCUAGAGAAAUGUUCAACCAUGGGAGAGCUCAAACAAAUCCAUGCCCAGAUUAUCGAAAAUGGAUUGUUUCAAGAAAACUUCACCGUAGGAAAAGUAAUCGCCUUCUGUGCCAUCUCCGAAAUGGGCGAUCUCCAAUAUGCGCGGUUUGUUUUCGAUCGAACUGCAGAACAUAACAGAUUCAUGUGGAAUAGUUUGAUACGGGGUUAUUCCAAUAGAAAUGACACCAAGGAGGUUCUUUUCCUCUAUGGUAGAAUGAUAGGCUCGGGUCUUUCUCCAAACGAAUUUACCCUCCCGUUCGUUCUAAAGGGUUGCGCUUGCGAAUUGGCGUUUAUGGAGGCGAAAACCAUUCAUGGUCAGGCUCUCAAGCUUGGGAUCGGGUCACAUGUGUGUGUGCAAAAUGCACUCUUGAAUGCUUAUGCACUCUGUGGGUCGAUUCAUGGUGCCCGAAGCUUGUUCGACAUUAUUUCUGAAAGAACUCUUGUUUCUUGGAAUUCAAUGAUUGGUGGGUAUUCCCGGAUGGGUUUCUGCAAAGAAGCAUUUUCUCUCUUUCGUGAAAUGAGGGAUCUGAGUUUUGAACCGGAUGAGUUUACAUGGGUUAAUCUCCUUUCUGUUUGUUCACAAAAUGGGAAUUUUGAUCUGGGGCGAUUCGUGCAUUCUUACAUAGUAGUCACAGGGUCUAAAAUCGACUUGUUUGUUAGGAAUGCUUUAGUGGAUAUGUACGCUAAGUGUGGGCAUUUGCAGUCUGCUCAAGCAUUUUUCGACAGAAUGCCCCACAAAAAUGUGGUCUCGUGGACUUGUAUAGUUAAUGCUUAUGCUAGACAUGGGCUCUUGAAUCUUGCUCGACAGGUGUUCAAUCAGAUGCCAGAGAAGAAUAUUGUUUCUUGGAAUUCAAUGAUUUCAUGCUGCGUCCAACACAACAGAUGCAGAGAGGCCUUGGAUCUCUUCACUCAGAUGUGCAACUCCAGAUUGGAUCCUGAUGAGGCAACAUUGGUAAGCAUUCUUGGAGCUUGUAGCCAACUUGGUGAUUUGGUUAUGGGGACAAAAACCCAUGUUUACUUGUGCAAUAGUAGUGUAUUGCCUAGUGUUACCCUGUAUAAUUCCCUUAUAGACAUGUACGCAAAAUGUGGUCCCAUAGACACUGCCUUUGAUAUAUUUAGGAGGAUGCCUGAGAGGAAUGUGGUAUCAUGGAAUGUGAUGAUUGGGGCCUUUGCCAUGCAUGGGUAUGGUCUUGAUGCAAUCAAGCUCUUUGGAAAGAUGCAACAUGAGAGGGUCCCUCCUGAUGAAGUCACAUUUGUUGGAGUGCUUAGUGCUUGUAGUCAUAGUGGCUUUGUAGACAUAGGCCGGCGUUAUUUUAACAGUAUGAGUCUUGUCUAUGCAGUUCAACCCGAAAUUGAACAUUAUGCAUGCAUGGUUGAUCUUCUUGGGCGAGGAGGUCACUUAAGUGAAGCAAUUAAGCUAAUAGGAGUUAUGCCAGUAAAGCCUGAUAUUGUAGUGUGGGGUGCACUGCUUGGGGCUUGUAGGAUUUAUGGGGAUGUAGAGAUUGGGAGGCAAGUUCUAAAACAACUAUUAGAGUUGGAGCCACAUAGUGGAGGACUUUAUGUUCUCAUCUCAAACAUAUAUUGUGAAGCUCAAAGAUGGGAAGAGAUGAAGAAGGUGAGGAAGUUGAUGAAGGAUAAAGGGAUCAACAAGGGUAAAGCUCUUAGCUUGAUUGAAAUUGAUGGUCAUAUUCAUGAAUUCAUGGUUGAGGACAAGAGACAUGUACUCUCGAGUAAAAUCUACUCCAUGAUUGAACAACUGACAAGUCACUUGAGGUCUAUUGGAUAUUUAUGCUGCACCUCAAGAGCAUUUUUAGAUGUAGAGGAAAUGUAAUAUUCUACAGAACUGAUUCUUCUUGUUGUAUAAGAUGGUUGGAAUGCAUAAUUUCAUCGUUAUCAUCCA